CAUCUUGCCAUCCGACCUACUCAUCCAUCCGCUCAUACCCAACACUCGCCCUCGUCCUCAUCUUCACCCGCACCUUCGUUCCAGCGGACCGCCAAGUGCUCGUCUCUUCUCAGCACAGCUGCUGGUCUCGAUGUUCUGCUAUCUGCUCAGAGCUUGAUUGUGAAGCGAUUAGCAGCAGACACCGCUCAGUCACCAUUUGCUCAAGAAUCAAUCACUGCGCCUUCAGUAUCGGAUCCUUCGCAUGCCUGGGAUGCCCCUUCAGCCUACACCAAAGGUCGAGGUGCAAGGCGACAGCGAUGACGAGCUGAGUGAAGGAGACUUUGACUAUGAUUCGUCUGAUCUCUCUUCGGGAGAGAUGGAGUACGCCGAAUCCGGACAAGCCAAGAAGAAGACAGGAGUCUACAAAUCUGCAAUGGUCUUGGCCACGCCUCGCAUUGUCAUGAGUCCCGUCUCUCAGCUCUACGAGGACAUCGAGGCCGGAGAUAUCGACUUGGAACCAGACUACCAGCGUGAUGUAGUAUGGGCAAAGACAAAGCAGAGCGCCAUCAUCGAAUCACUCCUGCGGCACUACUACAUUCCCCCCGUCCUCUUCUCGGCCUGCAAGGCUGGCACUGGUGGUCAGAAGUACACGUGUAUUGACGGUAAGCAGCGCUUAUCGUCAAUUCGCAAUUUCAUGAACAAUGAGAUUCCCGUCAAGGAUGCUUCAGGAAAGAACUUCUACUUCCAGGCAAAGCGUGGGAAUGCAGGCCUCCCACCAGAGGUAGCAAAGCGCUUCAAAAGGGAGAGCAUUCCGACAGUCAUCUACGAAAAUCUCAAGGACGAACAGGAAAGAGAAAUGUUUCAGAGGGUGCAGAUGGGCAUGGUACUCUCACCUGCUGAGAAGGUCUACGCCCGCAAAGGUCCCUGGAAUGAUUUCGUGAAAGAGAUGGCACACAAGUACAUGGAUCACAAUCGCCCAGGAGAGAAUCUCUGUCAUGUGACGGAAACCAAAAGGGCAAGGGAAUGGAUGGGUCUAGCCCAGAUCACUUUAAUGAUAUUGCACAGCGGAGAUCCAGACAUUCCCUGGUCCGCUGCCCGGGUUGGUUCCUUUCUCGAGAAGCACCCAGAGGGCCCCACCAACCAGCUCAAGAAGGAAGCAGAGGAAGCCAUCGAUCGCUUCGUGACCCUCGCUAAUGAUGAGCGUUGGAAUGGGCCCCUCCUGCCAAGAGAGGGCCGAGGGGCCAGGCUACUCUCUCCUGCUGAGUUCGCGCAUGUUGGAUUCUUGGUAUGGCGAUACCCACAUGCGAGUUACUACGACCUAGCAAGAUGGGUGCAAAUUCUUCGGACGGAGGUUCACGAGAACUUCUACCAACACGUCCACUUCGACAAGAAAGUGACAAAGUGGCUCAGAGACAGGAUCGACUCUUUCACGGAGGAGGGCGCUGUACCACGAGGCGGUACGACUGGGGGUCGUAAGCGAAAAGUCAUUGCACAUGACGCGAAUGAAAUGCAGCCUCGCACACGCCCCCGCCCCUCGAGGGAGGAGCGCGAUGCUAUGCGCUCUGCUAGUGAGCGCAAUGGUGACGCGGGUAGCGGAGGAGGAGCAGCCGGCAAUCGAGAUGGAUCUCGUCAGCAACCGAGCACCAGUGAUGCGACCUCUACCGCAAACAAUUCGCAUGCCCAAGCUUCCACCAGCAGGCAGGGUGGUGUCGCAAGUGCGACCAACGGCCACGCUGCGCAGACGAUGCAACAGAGCAAUGGCGCACCACAAUCUUUCUACAGCGAACAGCGGGCCCAGGCAUCCCCCCGUGACCAAGCGGCAUCGCCCCUCUUCUUCGAUGCGGAGUCACCCAAUGUCUCCUUCGCGCCAACGGAAAGUCUCUUCCCGCACGCUCGAAGACUGCCGCCACGCAAUCCGUUCCUGUGAGAAGCAGUCGCCAGAGACGCACGCGUAACAACGCAGUGGUACCAGCUGGGAUGGCUGGGGGAGGCGAACAAUAAUCUACAGAAGCGGCAGGGGUAGAUGCCUCGGGCGAUGCGGAAAGAGGCGGAAGGUAGGAGCAGAGCAGUACGUAUACAAAUUGAUUCCCAUUCUCUAGCGUCAUGAGUUGUCUUCGUCGUAAUCAAUACCAUGUACAGUACGCAGGUCUUUCUGACUUGCGAUUUCGAGUGGACGCCUCCGAG